CACGACUCGACGACGCCCGCUCAGCACGCACGACUUGGGCCGCUUGCAUUGCUCGACCGGCGCCAUGCAUGCUUGUCUCGUGGGGUCUGUGCAUCAUUGGCGAGACUAAGCAAGCACAGCGUCGGUUUUUUUCCCCAUCGAGACUGACUGUCUGUCCCAUUGUGCGCACGACACGAGCCGCCGCACCGCCAUCCUCCGGCAGGCAAACACCACAAUCCGAUCCAACAACGAUGCUCUUCUCCGACGCCAAUAGGCUCUACCUCCGUCGCAUCGUCCGCUGGCGAUACGUGCGGCUUGUUCUCCUUGUCUUUGUCCUCUUCAACAUUUUCGACGUCUUGCGCAUCCACCACCACCUCGUCGCAAACGACCGCCGCGUCCAUGGCCGGAGAGGCGCCACGGCGGGCGGGCCAUCGCGCCCGCACGAGCGCGUGUACAUUGCGAGCAUGCACUUCAACAACGGCCAGAUCCUGCGGGAGCACUGGAACAAUGCCGUGAUACGUCUGACGGAGACGUUUGGUCCCAAAAACGUCUUCGUCAGCAUCUUCGAGAGCGGCAGCUGGGACGACAGCAAGGAGGUGCUGCACCAGCUGGCGGACGAGCUGGAAAGCAGAGGCGUCCCGCACCGCAUUGACACGUCGGAUGUGACGCAUCACGAUGAGCUGGCGCGAGACGACGCCGAAAAGGGAGAGGGCUGGAUCGACACGCCGCGGGGCCGCAAGGAACUGCGGAGGAUACCGUACCUGGCGCGGCUGCGCAAUCGGACAAUCAAGGACCUGCUGGACCUGCACGAAAAGGGCGUCGACUUCGACAAGGUGCUCUUCCUUAACGACGUCGUCUUCUCGACCGAGGACGUGCUGGAGCUCAUGGACACCAACGGCGGCGAGUACGGGGCGGCCUGCAGCCUCGACUUCUCCAAGCCGCCGCUCUACUACGACACCUUUGCGUUGAGGGACAUUGAGGGCAGACCGCACGUCAUGCAGACGUGGCCGUACUUUGGGGCGAGGGUGUCUCGCAGCGCCCUAGUGAACAACAUGGACGCCGUGCCUGUUACAAGCUGCUGGAACGGCAUUGUCGUCAUGCCAGCGGACCCAUUCGUCUCGUCGACACGCCUGCGCUUCCGGGGCAUCCCCGACUCGCUCGCCCUGCACCACCUCGAGGGCUCCGAGUGCUGCCUCAUCCACGCCGACAACCCGCUGUCGCGCACCCUGGGCGUCUACCUCAACCCGCGCGUGCGCGUCGGCUACAACCUCGCCGCGUACGAGGCGACACAUCCGGUCGGCGCCGCCUGGGUCUCGACGUGGGACAUCUUCAAGGGCAUGUGGAGGAACAGAAUCAAGCGCUGGACGACCGUUACAUUCGAGGGCCUCGUCAGGGCGCGCAGGCUCCGCGCCUGGGAGGCGGAGAAACACAGCAACAGGGAGCCUGGCGAUUUUUGUCUCAUCAACGAGAUGCAGGUCCUAGUCGACAACGGGUGGGCUCACGUAUAGAGGGAUUGCACGCAACGCCGUUUGUUACCCAGAGGACGACCUUGUCUUGAACUGGACGGAAAGACGCCCGGCAACUAGAGCCCUUGACAGGCGGGUCGGGAAAAGCGAUCGUUCCCCUCUAUCUAACCAAUGUACGGACUCAUGCCCAGUUUUCCACUAGCCCAUCAUAUCAACAUCACCAUCAUCCUCGCCAGCCAUGUCCUCCGGAUGCGCGCUUUUCCUGGGCAGGCUUUCCGGUCUCAGCCGCCGCAUAACCUGGGCCAGCUCCCGACGAUCGCUCUCGUUGAACAGGACAUAGCCGUCAUCGUGGUCGAGCACACUUCCGCACCGCACCACGUGCCGCUUCUCGCGGCGUCGCUUCCGCAGCCCUUCGCACAUCAGGUACUCGUCCUCGGCGCUGCCCUCCCCCCCGACUUCGCCCCGGUGCUCCAGCCACGCCAGCACGUCGCGCACCGCGUCGCUCCCCCAGCGUACUUCGGCGAUGGCUUGGUAGAGCACUGCGUUGCGAUGCAGGGCAUCCGCAUCGCGGACUUGCACCUCUCCUUCACACCUUGAUGUUCGUGGUGGUCCUCCUCUACUUUCGUUUGCGCCUCCUGCUCUCUUUCCACUGCCGCCUCCUCCCCUGCUCCCGCCCCUGUUAUGGGUGUUUCCACCGCCGCGGCCGCCGUCGUCCUUGAAAGUCCAGUCCGGGUGCGCGACGGUUUGGGCCGCCAGGUGACGCAGGACAGAGGGAUUGCGCGCGAGGAAGCCUUCCACGGCUUCAAAGGGCGCGUUGGCGGGGAGGCUGAACGCGUGGCGGAUGAAGCGCAGGCGACACUGGCCAGGGGGGGUCCAGUGCGGGUAGGGAGGGCAGCUGGGAACGGCAGGUAUGGGCGGCACGGGGUGGAAAGGGUCGUUGUUGCCGUCACCUAGCCUGAGUUUCGGGGUGGAAGAGGACGAGGCAGCGGCAACUCGGGCAUUGUCCUUGCGAGCUUUCGCGUUGGUGCUAGACCCUGCUCUCGUAUCAGCAUCGGAGACGCGUUGCGGGGGCUUGUUUUUCUUGCGAGACGGGGAGAGCAGGCCGUCAAGCCGCGAAGGACCAUCACGAGGGUUUUCCGGACGCUCGGAAGAAGAAGAAGGGCGUUGAGGCUGAGGCUGCUGCUUCUGCUGUGCCGGGUCACGACCCCGGUCCUUGGCCCAAGCCAUGACGUCGAUUAACGGCAUCUCGACGGCGUGGUCGAAUCGAAAACCCGAGGAUAUAACAAGUCCAGUGAGAAAGUACGCACUCAUUGCUAUGCUCUCGUGGGUGUGACACAGACAAGCGUGGUGGGCAGUCCCUGAUACAGAGCAGGAGCCCGUUACGAAGAACUACAGCUAUCUAUAUAGACGAGAGGCUACGGGACACUUCGCGAUGUUGUCGCUUACAGCAUGGGCUUGAACAGGAUCGGGAGCAGACUCGGGGCUUUCAGCGCAGCGCUUUGGGCCGGCCACCGCGUCUUGGAGGAUUACCGAUUCAUGCGAUGCGGUGCUUGUUGCAUACGCGGGAUAGGACGGGUAGGCGGUCGAACAGAUGGCGAACGUAGAGCCAGAGAAAGAGAGAGAGAAAAAUUACAUAGACAUAACCUUCUUUGAUUCGCCCUGUAGAGACUUGCAAGCUGAACGGUGCCCAAAAGGGGCAAGGCCAACCAAGUAAGGGCACGCACGCAGCCUGAACAGGAC